AUGUUCACUUCGCAAGCACUCUCGACUCUGGCAGUUGCCAUCCUCGCCAUGGCUCCAGCUGUCCAGUCGCACAUGAUCAUGGCCUCCCCAAAGCCGUUCGGAUCGCCUGACAACUCGCCCCUCGAUCCCUCUGGGUCCAACUACCCUUGCAAGAUGACUUCCGCAACCGCGGGCGCCGGGCCCAUGAACGACUUCGCAGUCGGUUCCAAGCAGCAAUUGUCCUUCUCGGGCUCCGCAGUCCACGGUGGAGGUAGCUGCCAGAUCUCCGUCACCACCGACAAGAACCCCACCAAGGACUCCGUGUUCAAGGUCAUCCACUCCAUCGAGGGUGGCUGCCCCGGUGUCAACGGCCCUGCUACAUUUGACUUCACGGUUCCCGAUGCCCUGCCUGACGGCGAGCUCGUCAUGGCCUGGACCUGGUUCAACCACAUUGGAAACCGUGAGAUGUACAUGAACUGCGCCAACAUCCAGGUCAGCGGUGGUGCCUCAGACAACUCCAAGUUCGAGAAGCUCCCUGACAUGGCUAUCGCCAACAUCAACGUCGGCAAGGGCGCCUCCUGCAAGACCGCCGAGAGCUCUGACUACACCUUCGCGGGCGUCGGCGAGAACGGCGACACUGUCGACCGCGUUGGCUCCGGCCCCUUCGUCGACCUCUGUGGUGGCGCAGCUACCCCUGCUCCUGUCGCCUCCUCCGCGCCCGCGGCUUCUGCCACUGGCGGUGCUGGUGGUGUCUUUGCUCCCGGCGCUUCCUCUGCCCCCGUAGUAUCUUCUGCACCUGCAGCCUCGCCCACUGACGCGGUCACUUCGACCAUCAAGACUCUGGCCACCGUCACCGCUCCUUCAGCCGCUCCCACUGGCCCCGCGAACGGCACUGCCCCCGCGGCAUCUGCUCCGGCAGCUGCUCCCACCGGUGGUGCUGCAGGCUCUAGCUGCUCCACCAACGGCGCAGUCAUGUGCAACGGCGACUCCCAGUUCGGUCUCUGCGACAACGGCAAGGUCGUGUGGCAGGCCGUGGCCGCAGGCACCAAGUGCGAGAACGGCCAGAUUGCGAAGCGCGACGCCAAGUUCACCCACCGCGUCCAGCGCUCUGCCAUCUAG